UUGGUGCCAGAAGCAAAAGAAUGAUUCUUGGGAAAGGGAUACCAAGCUGUAGACAUUCAUCCUUUUGCUUCAAAGACUGAUACUUCAAUGCUUCUAGUCAUCCCUUGUGAGCUGUGAAAGUCAAGGAUCACCGUGGGUUAUCCGAUCUACAACAGGAGAGCAUCAUUUUGCAAAGUCAUUACCUACUACUGGACACCUUUUACAAAAGCUUACAAGACUCAAGCCUAAUAGAUCUGUUCUAGGACAGCAACAGAGCUUCAAGUUGUUAAUGUAAAAUACAAAAGAAUGCUAGGCUUCCACCAAAGUCCUCACUAUACCUGAAUGCACACAGACUUGGAACCCUUCAUUUACAAUUUUUGGAAUCUUUUCAGAGGUCUUGUACACUUUAAAAAUAUAUAGACAGAUCUAUCUACAUAGAGAUAUAUAUGUGUAUAUAAAACAGAUAUAGACGUCAAUAAGCAAAUCCUGCUUUAAUUACUACAAGGACUGCCAAGAAUUUAGAGAUGUAUUUGUCAAGAUUUCUGUCAAUCCAUGCCCUUUGGGUUACAGUGUCCUCGGUGAUGCAGCCCUAUCUUCUGGUGUCAGGACAUUAUGACUUGUGUAAGACUCUAAUUUACACAGAAGAAGGGAAAGUUUGGGAUUACAUGGCCUGCCAGCCGGAAUCCACAGACAUGACAAAAUACUUGAAAGUGAAACUGGAUCCUCCAGAUAUUACCUGUGGAGACCCUCCUGAGACAUUCUGCGCAAUGGGCAAUCCCUACAUGUGCAAUAAUGAGUGUGAUGCAAGUACCCCUGAGUUGGCACACCCCCCUGAACUGAUGUUUGAUUUUGAAGGAAGACAUCCCUCCACAUUUUGGCAGUCUGCUACUUGGAAGGAGUAUCCCAAGCCUCUCCAGGUUAACAUCACGCUAUCUUGGAGCAAAACCAUUGAGCUCACAGACAACAUAGUCAUUACCUUUGAAUCAGGGCGGCCAGACCAAAUGAUCCUGGAGAAAUCUCUGGAUUACGGACGAACAUGGCAGCCCUAUCAAUAUUAUGCCACCGAUUGCUUAGAUGCUUUUCACAUGGAUCCCAAAUCUGUGAAGGAUUUAUCACAGCACACGGUUUUAGAAAUCAUUUGCACCGAAGAGUACUCCACUGGGUACAUGACCAAUAGCAAAAUUAUUCACUUUGAAAUCAAAGAUAGGUUUGCAUUUUUUGCCGGACCUUGGCUACGCAAUAUGGCUUCCCUCUACGGACAGUUGGAUACAACCAAGAAACUCAGAGAUUUCUUUACAGUCACAGAUCUGAGGAUAAGGCUUUUGAGACCAGCCGUUGGGGAAAUAUUUGUAGAUGAGCUACACUUGGCACGCUACUUUUAUGCAAUCUCAGACAUAAAGGUGCAUGGAAGGUGCAAGUGUAAUCUCCAUGCCACUUCAUGUGUGUAUGACAACAGCAAAUUGACUUGUGAAUGUGAACACAAUACUACAGGUCCAGACUGUGGGAGAUGCAAGAAGAAUUAUCAGGGCCGACCUUGGAGUCCAGGCUCAUAUCUCCCCAUCCCCAAAGGCACUGCAAAUACCUGUAUUCCCAGUAUUUCCAGUAUUGGUAAUUGUGAAUGCUUCGGCCACUCCAAUCGAUGCAGUUAUAUCGAUCUGCUCAAUACAGUCAUUUGCGUGAGCUGUAAACACAACACUAGAGGGCAGCACUGUGAGUUAUGCAGGCUGGGCUACUUCAGAAAUGCUUCUGCACAGCUGGACGAUGAGAAUGUAUGCAUAGAGUGUUAUUGUAACCCUUUGGGUUCAGUCCAUGAUCGUUGUAAUGGCUCAGGAUUUUGUGAGUGUAAGACUGGAACAACAGGGCCUAAGUGUGAUGAGUGUCUGCCGGGAAAUUCCUGGCACGACGGCUGUCAACCCAAUGUCUGCGACAACGAACUGCUGCACUGCCAGAAUGGAGGGACAUGCCACAACAACGUGCGCUGCCAGUGCCCGGCCGCCUACACGGGCAUCCUGUGCGAGAAGCUGCGCUGCGAGGAGGCCGGCAGCUGUGGCUCCAGUUCCAACUCGGCCCCCGGCUCGCCUGCCCCGGGCUCCCAGGCCCUGUUGUUGCUGUUGCUCUUGCUGCUGGGGACUGCCAGGCCCUGGGUCUUCUAGGCCUCUCCAAAUCCAGCCACCCACCCACCGGCCCAGAUCUCUGCCCUGGGGUUGAACAGACACCACCAAGCACUUGCUUACCAACGUAGGAUACACACAUAUUCAGACAUCCCCCCAAAAUAAUAAUAAACCACAGUGUUAAAGCUAAGAAGGCCGAACUGAACUAAGCCAUAUCUCUCAGCGCAGCCUUGGACUGCACAUCUGAGUCAAGACUGUUCCUUGCUGACUCCAGAGGAUUGAAAUGGGCAGCUGUUUGGUUGUUGGGGUACAUGAUCACCUCCAAGUCCCAUGGCUGGCCAGCUGCAGACUUGAUUGCCAAUGGGAAAGGCUG